AUGCCGACAAGAUUUUUAUUGCUGGUAAUAUUUUUAUCUAUCUAUCUAUCUAUCUAUCUAUCUAUCUAUCUAUCUCAUUAUAUAUUGUUUGGUUUGUUUUGUUUUACGGCAUAUCAACACUUCAAUGGGUUAUUUACUGCCGACAAGAUUUUUAUGGCUGGAAAUGUUUUUUAUCUAUCUAUCUAUCUAUCUAUCUAUCUAUCUAUCUGUUUGUUUUGUUUUGUUUUGUUUUGUUUUACGGCAUAUCAACACUUCAAUGGGUUAUUUAAUGUCGAAAAGAUUUUUAUGGCUGGAAAUGUUUUUACCUAUCUAUCUAUCUAUCUAUCUAUCUAUCUAUUGAUUUUUAUGGCUGGAAAUGUUUUUUAUCUAUCUAUCUAUCUAUCUAUCUAUCUAUCUAUCUAUCUAUCUAUCUAUCUAUCUAUCUAUCUCACUCACAUCUCUUCUCUCUCUCUCUCUCUCUAUCUGUCUAUCUAUCUAUCUAUAUCCGAAAUGCCGCGGCUUUCUUGUUUUUUCUUCUUUUCAUUCACUAUUUUUCUUUUUUCAUUCACCUUUCUCUUUUCUUUAGUCACUCUUUUUACGUUUGUCUUUUCAUUCGUCCUUAUUGUCUUUUACAUUCACACUUCUUUUUCUUUUCUGUUUUUCUGUUUUUUCAUUUUUCCUUCUUUAUCAUUUACAUUUCUCGUUUUUUUAAUUCCUUCUUUUCUUUUUCAUUCGUUCUUCUUCAUUCUUUCAUCAUUAUUUCUUUGCUUCCUUUAUUCUUUUUGCAUUUUUAGUUAUCUUCUUUUCUUUUUCAUUUUUCUUCUGUUUACUUUUUUCUUCUUAUUUCGUUUGCAUUCAUUCUUUUUCCUUUCACGUUCCUUCUUUUUUCUCUUAUUCAUUAUUUUAUUAUUUUUUAUUCGUUCUUUUUAUUGUAUUUUCCUGUUUUCGUUUACUUGUUGCUCGUUUUAUUUUCAUUUUUCUUCAAUAAUUUUUCAUUCAUUUUCGUUCUUUUUUUCUUUGAUUUACUUUUCAUUUUUCUUCCACUUAACGUUUUUCCAUUUUCCUUCUUUUUAUUUUUCCUUUCUGUUUUUCGUCUUUUCAUUCAUUAUUUUUCAUUUUCUUUGUAUUCCUUCUUUUAACUUUUAUAUUCCUCCCUUUCUGUUUGUUGUACUUUCUCCUCCUUUCUUUCUCUUUCUUUCUACAUUUUCUUUGUCCUAUCACAGGAGAUUUCUUUCUCUGUCCGCCUCCAAGCCCCGCGUCACCGAUUAUUACGAGUUGCCUUCUGAUAGUAAUGAGUUUAUAACUAAAUGA